AUGUCGAGGUGCUUCCCGUUCCUGCCGCCAGGGUUUGAAUCAAGGCCCAGGAGUGAGGAGCGCCACAAGGAUUUGCUGAGAAAGGAAAAGCACAAGGAUAAGAAGCACAGAAAGGCAAAGGACAGGGGAAAAGGAGAAACAAAAGAAAAGGGUAGAGAUAAUAGGAAAGAUAAGAACAACAGGAAACAGAAAAGAGUGAACUGCAGAGAGAGGAAAAAGAACAAGGACAUAUGUAAAGACAGAAACCAAACUUUGAGACAGAGAAAACCUGAAGAAAAUGGAUGGCAUGAAUCAGUCAAAGAUAUUAUACCAGCUGAUGAGUUGGUUAACCGAAUUUUUGGUCAAGGAGGUCAUACAGACCACAAACAUAACAAUACUGAGUUGCUUCCUUGGAGCACUGAUAACAUUGGUAGUACAGGUUCUAAAAAGAAGGAAAGGAAUUUGCUUGGUAGAAUGGUUAAGAAAUCUGCACAAGCAACAGAAGACAAUUACGGGAUGGUGCAAAAGAGUGAUAGUAUUGCUCAUGCAACUAAAAAAGGAAUGGGUAGGGGUAUCGAUUCUAAAACUGAAAUAAAGAAUGGGAAGAGCCUUCAAGAUAGAUCAGCUGAAAUGCAUUCCAGAAGAAGGUACAAUUGUAAUGUAUUCGGUGUAUACCAUGAUAAUUCUGAUACACAAAGAAGCUUUGAGGGUGUACAUACUGCAACUGGCCGAGUCACACCUAACCCAAAUACUUUUCAGAGAACAGAAGAAACAGGACAAGAUCCUGAUAUUUCUGUCCAUUCUGCAAACGUAAAAAAUGGCAGAAGUAGCACAAAAGGUAUGGGGGAGGAAAGUUCUAACAAUUUCUGGCGCAAGAUGGAUCGGCAAUUUGCACGAAAUAAAGAUGGAGCAGUUGAAGGGAAGGCAAAAGGUAACUAUCGUAAAGGUCUUGAAGGCAAAGAUAGAGAUAGUGUUGUAAAGAAAAGAAAGACUGAAUGUGAAAAUAAAGAGAAAAAAGUGGAGAAAAAUGGCACUUUCAAUGAGCAGAAACAGGAAGAUCUUGGUGCAAGCAAGGACAAGGUCGAUAAUCUGGUGCAUUUGGGCUGUCUUAAUGAGCAAAAGUUUGCUUCUGAUAUCAGGAAAAUGAAAGACUUUGACCCUAAUAGCUCUCCACAUGGUCAGCAUGAGUGCCAACAUAGCUAUAACAAUGGCAUCACUGGCUCUCGUUAUUUAGAUGACCAAAUGCCUUCAGUUACUUCAUCUGGUUAUGAGAGUAAACCUCACCCUGAUACCAAGUAUCUGAGCCAAGUGCACUGCAUACCUUCAACACAUGACUUCUCAGAGUACAUUGAUCAGGACUGGUUGUUUUCCGUGGAUCAUGUUAGGCAGAAAACAGUGACAUUUGAGGCUGUAGAACCACGCCAAGUUUGGACUGAUGCACAGCUAAUUGAUACUGCUGAUGUAAUUGCUAUGCCUUACGUUGUUCCUUUCUGA